AGUGAUUCGCGUGAACAGAUUUUGGAGCAAAUUAAAGAGCAAGGCGAUCUCGUGCGUCAGUUGAAGGGAGCCAAGGAGUCCAAGGAGAAGAGCGACGGCAGGAACCAGGAGGAGGAGCACCACACAUAAAAGAAUAGGAGGGAGGACAGGAUGCCGGAGACGCUGCCCGCAACGGCCACGGUGACAGCCUCGAGCAUCGACUGCACUGUCGCCGUGCUCAAGGUGCCGACGCCCACCAUGCAGAUGCCGCAGGUGUGCAACCUCCAGAGCCUGGGCCUCAUCAUGGAGCCCAACAACAUCAACAUCGAGCUGAAUCCCGCGGCCACUCCUACGCCCACUCCCACUUCCCCCGAGUUCAAGAUGAUGACUAUGGAUAUCACCAAAACAGAACCCGGACUCGUCGGGCUCUCAUCGAAUCAACAGCAGCAGCAGCAGCAGCAGCAGCAGCAAUCCGGACAGCAGCAGCAGGCCGCCAGCAUGAACAGCAACAGUGGCAACAGCGUGGGGCAGAAUGCCAACAACGGUUGCAACAGCAACGGCGGCGGGGUGAACAGCGGCAACGGCAAUGGCAACAAUGGUGGCAACAACAACAGCAACAGCAAUGUCCAGAGCAUCGCCGCGGCGGCCAACAACAAUAACAACAACAACAAUGGGAGCCAGCUGUGCGCCGGCUGCGGCAAGCACAUCCAGGACCGUUACCUGCUGCGCGCCCUGGACAUGCUGUGGCACGAGGACUGCCUCAAGUGCGGCUGCUGCGACUGUCGCCUGGGCGAAGUGGGGUCCACCCUCUACACGAAGGGCAACCUAAUGCUCUGCAAGCGUGAUUAUUUGAGAUUAUUUGGCAACACGGGCUACUGUGCCGCCUGCAGCAAGGUGAUCCCCGCCUUUGAGAUGGUGAUGCGCGCCCGCACUAAUGUCUACCAUUUGGAGUGCUUUGCCUGCCAGCAGUGCAACCAUCGAUUCUGCGUGGGCGAUCGGUUCUAUUUGUGCGAGAACAAAAUUCUCUGCGAGUACGACUACGAGGAGCGGCUGGUCUUCGCCUCGAUGGCCAAUCAUCCGAUGCUGAAGCGCCAUGUCUCCUCGCUAGGCCAGGGCUCGCCCACUGGCGCCGCUGGGGCCCCGGGUGCCGCCGGCGGACUGCUCGGCGGAGGACCAGGCGUCGCCAACGGGGGUGUGGGCGUGGGCAUGGUCAACGGUCCGCGCACACCCGGCGACCACAACAACAACAAUGGACCCCAGACGCCCACCGGAGGCGGCUCUCCGUUUGCGGCCGCGGCAGCUGCCGCUGCUGCCGCCGCACACAUGAAGAACCAGCUAGGGGCGUCCAGCUAAAAUAAAGCCCUGGGCAUGGGCGGAGUUGGACCAGGUGUCGUCGGAGUAGGAGUUGGAUCUGGAUCAGGAGUGGGAAUGGGAGUGGGAGUGGGAGUGGGAGUCGGCGGAAUGGGCGUUGGUGCUGGCCAGCAGCAGUUCUAUGGAGUCACGGGCUUUGGUCUGCCCCACCAACAGCAGCAGCAGCAGCAGCAGCAUCAGCAGCAUCAGCAGCAGCAGCAGCAUCAACAGCAGCAACAGCAGCAGCAGCUCAUGGGCUUGGGCCUAGGAGGAGGAGCGUCUGGAUCCAUUGGAGCAGCAGGAGGAGGAGCAGCAGCUGGAGGAGGCGUUGGCAGCAUGGGAAGCAGCUGCAAACGCUACCAAAGAAAGUUCUACAACCGCAACUGAAUCGAGAAGGGUAGAUCGUGGCUCGUCGCUCUUGGAUCGAGAGAGAGAGAGAGAGAGAGGGAGAGGGAGAGGGAGAGAGAGCGCGAGAUAUGAUGCCACAUGAUUACGGAUGAUGAAGUCGAUAUUCAAUCUUCGUUUGCUUUUGACUGAGUUCAAGUUUUAUAGUGUUAUAGUUUUAGUUUUUGGUUAAGUUGCCACACAAAUCACUUGCUGAAUGUUGCACAUGUUGCAGGUGCAGGUGCAGGACUAAGUUUUCAUUUCCCUUUCGAAUGGGCAAAAAUUCGUUUCGUUUUAAGACCUGUAAAUAAUUUACUUGCAAGCUGUUGACUUUGGAGCGCGAUAGAUUUUUUUUUAUUUUUAUUUGUAUUUGUCGAGUGUGUACCACUUCAUAUGGGUAUACUCGUAUUCGCAUUCAUAUUCAUAUUCAUAUUCAUAUUCAUAUUCAUAUUGAUAUCGAUAUAUGUAACAAAUAUAUUUUAGUUUUCACGCUCGAAGCGUUGCGGUGCCAAAAUAAAUUCAAAGCAGUGCCAAAAAAGUCAAGAAAGAAGCAUACAAAUAGAGAAGCAAGAGAGGAAGAGAAGAGAGAGGAAGGCGGCCGCCGAGAGGAAGGCUCUGUCAAAAAAUAUAUAUGUGUCUCAUGUCUGCCCCACCGAUCGAUCAGCUAUCCCCGAUAUUUGCCCAGAUUUAAGUUCCACCUCCAACCAGAAAUGAGCCAGAAAGGGGGCCGCCGCUGCAGUUAGGGAUUGGCAAAACUUUGAUGACUUUGAUGAUGUGUAAAUAUUGAAAACAUUCUCUGCACACGACUACGACUAUACAAUACAAUAUACGAUACAUAUGUACAUAUGUGCAUAUGUACGAGAGGAGUGGAGUGGAGUGGAGUAUAUAUAUAUAUCUAUAUAUAUAUAUCUAUAUAUAUAUGAUUUUUGUUCGGAUUCCAUUUUAAGUCUGUUAGAGCAACAUUGUUGAUUAUUAUUUAAGUUUAGUUUAGUGCGAGGCUAAUUAUCGCGGGAUACCACAGCGGAAAGCGAGACACCGGAGAUGUAUAGACGAGACAGGGGUAGUCGGUAGACGGUAGACGGAAGAGGGUAGUGGGUGAAAGGGUACAUCUAGCCGAAACCGAAACCUAAACCUACACCCAAACUAGAGUUGAUGUAAAGAUAUGUGUAUCUAUAUAGUAUACAUAUAUAUAUAUUUAUAUAUAUAUAUAUAUAUAACCGAUAACCAACAAGUGAAACUAGUUACAUUAUAAACUGUAUUUAUUAAUCCUUUUUUUUGUGCAUCCAUUUAAUCAAUAAUCAAUAAUCGGCUAAACGGCUAUAAUUAGUGCCCACUGUGUGUCGCGGGUGUCCGCGGGGGGGUGGCAUUCCGGAGUUCCAUUUAGGGGCCACCCCUCGGAGGACCCAACCCCAGAACUAGCAAAUAUACAAUUUAGAGUGUAAGGAAGGAUCCGUGGACCGAUCUAUGGAUCGUGGUGCAGGAGGAUAAACCAAAGUGUGUGUAUAAGCAAAACAAAAAACUAUUGUACUAUCAAUCUAUCAAUUUAUCCAUGUAUCUAAAUGCGUGUCAGCAGCAGCAGCUUUCGGGUAAAAGAUCAGCUGAUAAGCUGAUCAACGAUAAACAAUACUACCUAUCUAUGAUUAU